UCAGAUCAGACGCCAUCACACUGCUCUGACCGUCUACUGAACAAGUCUGUUGUGGUAUAUUUGAAGUACAUUACUUGUGGUGAGGGAGCAGAGAUGAGCAUGGCUUCAGGGGGGUCUGUAGCUGUCGCUGAGUUGAGGAUAGUGCUACUGGGAGGUAGGGGUCUUGGAGGGAGACAGGACUGCUCUAAGAGCUCUGUGGGCAACCUUCUCCUGAGAGGAGAUGUCUUUGAGACGGGAGCCAGAAAUGCUAAGAACGUCCUGAGACAACAGGAAGUGUGGGGCAGGAAGCUGACGGUGGUGGAUACUCCAGGCUGUAUGUGGCCCUGUCCGCUGUCUCUGACACCUCAGCUGGACCAACAGGAACUACAGCGGAACGUGUACCUCUGUCCUCCAGGACCCCACGCCUUCCUCCUCAUCAUCCCAGUGGAAUGUCCCUUCGAUGCGGAACACAGAGCUGCCCUGGAGGAACACCUGAGCUCUCUGUUCAGUAAACAGGUCUGGAGACACAUUAUCAUAGUCAUCACAGCAGAGGCUCCACUACUCUCCACGUCUCUGCAAGAGCUAAUCAGAGGACAGCCUGUUAUCCAGCAGCUUGUCCGGAAAGCUGGAGGCCGCUGUCAUUUUCUGGACAUUGGGAACCGUGGUGAUGGCACUCAGAUCAUAGGGCUGCUGGAGAAAAUAGACAAGAUGGUGGCAGGAAACAGAGGAGGCCACUACAUGGUUGAGAAAGGGGGGUUUUAUAAACUGGGGGAGAAGAUGAGAUGUAUCAAGAAAAGAGCUGAAGAGAGGAUCAGUGAAGUACAGAGUCAAAGAUCUAGACUCCGCAGUCAAAUAGAUGAAUCCAAAAGGCUGUCCGACAUGAGGAUUGUGCUAACAGGCAGCCACCUGGCUGGGAAGAGCAGAGCAGCAAACAUCAUCCUGGGGAGAGAAGCGUUUGAGGUUGGGUGUACACGAACGGCAAGCAGUGAGAGAGCCCGCGGUGUCGCAUCAGGAAGAAAUCUGGAGGUGGUCGACUCUCCAGGUUGGUUCUAUAGAAACACCCUGGAAGAAACCCCCAAGCUGGACAAGCUGGAAAUCCAAUGCAGUGUGAUACUCUGUCCUCCUGGUCCCCACGCUGUGCUGCUGGUGGUUCCCCUGGACACGGGCUUCCCAGAGUGCAGCAGGGUAGCUGUGGAGCAGCACAUGGACCUGUUCACUGAGAAGGUCUGGAGCCACACUAUGAUGCUGUUCACACAUGGAGACAAGAUAAGAGGCACUACCGUUGAGCAGCACAUCGAGAGCGAAGGACAGCCUCUCCAGUGGCUUGUUGAGAAAUGUGGGAACAGGUAUCACGUCCUCGACGGUUUAAGCAGAGAGGAUGGCUCUCAGGUCUCAGAGCUGCUGGACAAGAUAGAGGAGAUGGUGGCGGGAAACGGAGGAGGCUAUUAUGAGACCGACAGAGAUGUUUCAAAGGUGUUACGGCAGGCCGAGAGAGAGGUGGAUAGAGGAGCAGAGAUUACCAUGAGGGCGGUUAAUCGGCAAAGAACAUUACUAAGGGCUUUAUUUGAAGGAGAAGACCUUAAGCAGACAGAGCUAAGGAUGCUGCUGCUGGGCAGAAGCAAUACUGGGAAGAGUGUUGCUGCCAAUAUGAUACUGAAAGAUGCAGUGUUGGACACAGCUUUACCAAAGGAGUUUGGUGCUGAGAGGAAACCAACCCUGUAUGUGAUGAGACAGAGACAGAUGGCUGAGAGGAACCUGAAGGUGAUAGAAUCCCCCGGCUGGGACACUGACUCCUCAGAGCAGCUCAGAGAGCAUGGACUUAGCCUGUGUUCCCCCGGCCCUCACGUCUUCCUCCUGGUGGUUCCACUCUCUUCUUCCUUCUCUGAGAGAGACAGGAGGGCUCUGGAGGAGCACAUGAAGGUUCUCGGGGAGAGGGUGUGGAGAUACACCCUAGUUCUGUUCACCUGGGGCUACUGGCUAGGGGACAGGGCUAUUGAGCAGCACAUCCAGGGAGAAGGGGAAGCCCUCCAAUGGCUGGUGGAGAAAUGUGGUCACAGGUACCAUGUUCUUCAGAACACAGAAGACAUCGCUGAUGUCACCGUGCUGAUAGAGAAGAUAGAGGAAAUGACCAGGAGAAACAUGGGCCACUUUGCGGUGCUCAGUGUUGAAGAUAUUUCAGCAGACAUGAGCAACAGAAACACAGACUUAAGACGUCGACGGUCUGUGUUAAAUAAACUCGUAACAAAAGUGGAUAAGUUGAGCGACAGAGAGAAAGCGUGGAAGAGUAAAGAGGUGGAGUGGGCGAACAAGGAGGAGGAGUGGAGAAGGAGAGAAGAGGAGUGCAAGAGGAGGGAGGAGGAUCUAAUAGACCGGAUGUUGAAGGUUGUGCUGACCGAGCCAGAGGAGCCAUUACUGCCUAUGAGGAGGAGGAGGGGCAGCCUAGAACACAUACCCCCCAGUAUGAGCGGAGGGGCACCGUCAGAGGACGGGAGCUCCUACUUGUACUGUGUCUACGGGGCAGGAGGCAAGGUGUCCGACUGGCUGAUGAGGAGACAUGCUCUAGCCUGCACAUCAGGGUACGGGUCAGUGAGUGGAGACGCCUUCUCCUCAGAGUACUCCUACUAUGAAGAAGGGCAGUCACCUGAAUGUGACAGCGGAGUGGCACCGUCAGAGGACGGGAGCUCCUACUUGUACUGUGUCUACGGGGCAGGAGGCAAAAUGUCCGACUGGCUGAUGAGGAGACAUGCUCUAGCCUGCACAUCAGGGUACGGGUCAGUGAGUGGAGAUGCCUUCUCCUCAGAGUACUCCUACUAUGAAGAAGGGCAGUCACCUGAAUGUGACAGCUCAUCAUUAUAUGAUACCUGCAUCAGCGAAGCCGACCACGCAUACCCGACAACACCCAGAGUCACCGCGGAACAAGAACACUGGUUGGUUUUUGAGGGCGAGCACAUUUAUGAGAAGGUAGACAGAGAUAAAUAAAAAGAGAGAUACGUGGAUUUGCUUUUUAGAACAAAGUACAGGAGGAGGGUUUGUGUUGUAUUGUGACUACUGUAUCCAAUGUUAUCAAGUUCAGGUUACAUUAUUUUAAGGAUUUGGUUUGCAGAAAGAUGAGGCAUCCAUCAUGAUACACAUUAGAGUCAACACAGACAGUAGACGACAGACAUUAUGAAAGUACUCAAGGUUCAAAUCAUCUCAAGGUGUUGAUACACCUUGUUAGUCUGAGUGAUGGUUGCUGGAGCAAAGCUAUUUUUAUACUUACUUUAUACCUUUAUACGGCACUUAGGAAUGAUUGGCUGGACCUGAUGUUAGUUUCCUCCAGGAUCACAAUGACUCUUAUUGAGAGACUUGUUGCUCUUGUUGGUUUGUUGUAACUGUCUUAAAAUGAUUGUACUCACUGUGAAAUAUAUUAUUGUUGCUUGCUUUUUCCACAGGUACACUGUUGCACUUUUGAGGUUCUUGCCUUUUAAUUGUAACUUUUCUAACUACAUGCUCUUAUUGUUCUUCCAUUUGGGACUUAUUUGGUUUUCACAAUGUAUGCUUCAUGUUUGGCUACCCGCAAUGUUUGAGGCUAUCUCGUUGUUAUGAUCAGUGACCUAUGCACUUUGUAAAACUCUCUCUUGGAAGUCACUUUGGAUAAAAGAGUCUGCUAAAUGCAUAAAUGUAAUGUAAUGUAUACCUAAUUUUCACUGUAAUUACAAAAUAUAUUUUAUCC